AUGGAGGCCUCGGCGGCGGCAGCGGCGAACAAGGAGGGCGGAGCAGCCGAGCGGCGACCUCCGGGCGGGCGGAGCGGCUUCACUUCCGCUUCCGGCGGCGGGAUGGCGGCGGGGCGGCGGUUGCAGGUAUCGGUACCGGUGCUGGCGCUGGUGCUGGGCACGGCGGUGCGCGCCGGCCCCGGGCCCGUCACCUGCGGCUCCGUGGUGAAGCUGCUCAACGUGCGGCACAAUGUCCGCCUGCACUCGCACGACGUGCGCUACGGAUCCGGCAGCGGGCAGCAGUCGGUGACCGGGGUGGCGGCGGCGGACGACGGGAACAGCUACUGGCGGGUGCGGGGCCGCACGGCGGCCGCCUGCGAGCGGGGCACGCCGGUGCGGUGCGGGCAGGCCAUCCGCCUCACCCACCUGGGCACCGGCCGCAACCUCCACAGCCACCGCUUUGCCUCCCCGCUCUCCGGAAACCAGGAGGUGAGCGCAUUUGGGGAGGCUGGGGAGGGCGACUACCUGGAUGACUGGACAGUGGUGUGCAGUGGGACCUACUGGGCGAGGGACAGCGAGGUGCGCUUCCAGCACGCCUCCACCGACGUCUUCCUCUCGGUGACGGGGGAGCAGUACGGGCGGCCCAUCCAUGGGCAGAAGGAGGUGCACGGCAUGGCCGCCUCCAGCCAGAAUAAUUACUGGAAGGUGAUGGAGGGCAUCUUCAUGCAGCCCAACGAGGUCUUCAAAGCGGAGCAGUACCACGCUGAGUUGUGAUGGACAGACAGACUGCCACUGAGCCUCUGGGUGCUGUCCUGCAGUGUGUUCAGGGCCUCUUGACCUGGGGGAUGGCCCUUGUCCCCACAGGGGUCUGACACACCAGGAAGCAGAGCCCUAAAUCCAACACUAAGCAGAUCCCAAUGUCCUGAAUUCCACACAGAGCAGAUCCCAGGGUCCCAAAUCUGACGUGAAGUAGAACCCAACAUGAAGACCUGACCCAAAGGAGAACCCAACAUCUGAGAUCCAGCACAAAGCAGGUCCCCACAUCCCAAAUCCAGCAGAAAGCCAAGCCCCAUGUCCAGGCCUGACCCAAACUCAAGCCUAACAUCCAGCCCUGACCCAAAGAUGAGCCCAAUGUCCAGACCUGACCCAAAACAGAUUUCCCAAAUUCCCCACCCUUACCCUUGAUGCUCCUGUCCAUCUGAAGACACCCACCCCACCCCCCCCCUCAAAAAAAAAAAAAGGGCUGUGGGAGCUGUGCCCCCGUUCCCCACCACUGUACCCCCAAACUGCUCCCUUCACCUGAAGCCAUAAAAGAGCUGAAUCCUC